AUGUCUGAGGCAGGGGCAGGAGAGGCCCUGGAAGCCAAGCAAGGGACAGAGGAUGACGCUCUGCCUUCUGACGCUGUCUCUCUCAGCGACUCAGACUCUGAUUUCAGCCUGCCUGCCGGUGCUGAGAUGGAAGCUCUGUCCCCAGGGGUGCUGCCUGGGGAGGCCCAGGGGGACUCAGACCCUGAUGAGUCCCCUUUGCCUCCAAGGGGCCUCCCCACAGCCUCAGUGCAGCCGUUCCACCUGAGGGGCACGAGCUCCACCUUCUCCUGGCGUAGUCACAACAUCUUUGACUGCCUGGAGGGCGCAGCCAGGCAGGUUCUGCCCUCUGUGGCCCAGACUGGCCCGGGUGACAAUGGGGGCUUCCUGCGCCCACUGGCACCCUCAAGCCAGCCUCCAGGGGAGGGCCCAGGCAGGGCCGGUCAGAGCCCUGCCCCCGCAAAGUUGCCCCCCGUCCCUGACUAUGUGGCCCACCCUGAGCGCUGGACCAAGUACAGCCUGGAAAACGUGGCCGAGGUCAGCGAGCAGAGCAACCGGGCCACUGCUCUGGCCUUCCUGGGCUCCCCGAGCCUGGCUGCCCCCAGUGACUACAUGCCCUCUUUCAACCAGGAUCCCUCCAGCUGCGGGGAGGGAAGAGUUGUCUUUACCAAACCCGCCCGAGCUGGCGAGGCCAGGCCUGAGAGGAAGAGGGCCCUAAGGAAGGCUGGAGAGCCGGGAAGGGCUGCGCCUGGGAACCUGGGCGCCGCAGGGGGCGAGGGCCCUGUGGAGCUGGCCCACCUGGCCGGGCCUGGGAGCCCGGAGGCUGAGGAGUGGAGCAGCCCCCACGGGGGCCUUCAGGAAGUGGGUGUGCUGCAGGCCGCUGCCCACGCUGGGUCAGCGGCAAGGCCCCCGGUGGUGGAGACUGUUGGCUUCCAUGGCAGCAGGAAACGGAACAGAGACCAUUUCCGGAACAAGAACAGCAGCCCGGAGGCCUCAGGUGCUGAGAUCUAAGAGAAGAGACUGACCAGGCUGGCGGAGGAGGGCAGCCAGGGCCACUGGCCACUUGGGGUGGA